AUGGCUCGCCUAUCAUCCGUCCGGCUGGUCACCGUCGCGCACGCUUGGAAACCCGUCACCGUCGCUCAUGCUUUCCUCCCCGUCGCCAGCGCGCACGCUUUCCUCCCCGUUGCCAACGCGCACGCUUUCCUCCCCGUCGCCAGGGUUCACGCUUUCGUCCCCGUCGCCGGCGCGCACGCUUUCGUCCCCGUCGCCAGCGCGCACGACUUCCUCCCCGGCGCCAGCGCGCACGACUUCAAUUCAGCGGACACGUGGGGCAUGUUCUGCGAUGCGGAGCAGCAGGAGAUGGCAACAGCACGCUUUGCGGCGCUCCCCAUGCACCACGAUCAUGACGCGUGCCCCCACCGUCGCCCGCGCUUCCCCCCCCCCAUCGCCCUCCAUGUCGCCCGCGCUUUCCCUUCUCGCCGACCUCCCUUGGCUGUCACCUCUCUCCACGCCGUCAUCACCAUCGCCUCUCCACCCACGCCAUCCGCCCUCUCUCUCAUCCCUUCCAAUCGCAUUUAUGGUCGUCGUUGCGUCCCUUCUCCAUUGCCUCAUUAG